GGAAGCGCACAAGGUGGGUGGGAAAACACCGACAACCCAAACAAACACUCACAGCAGCAAGCACGCGACAAACUUUAAACGGGUUUUCUUUGACCGUCCGCAACCUUCUACUAAAAUCCUCCUUCACUUCAAUCUUUUUCCACUUUCCACCGAAUCCAAGUCAAGUCUAGAAUUUCCAACGAACCGAACAAAGGAAAAUCCCCUCUUAGAUCCAAUCCAAAUUAAUAUUUGUACAUCUAGUCAAGACCCAAGUCCAACGCGUGGUCGAUCGAAUUUCUCAUUUGGGGUUCUCUUUUUUAUUUUUGAUCAGCUCAUUAGGGGUUCUCAAUGGAUGCUUCAUCUUCCUCGUCGAGUCAACCUGAAUUCGAUUACUUGUUCAAGCUUCUCUUGAUUGGGGAUUCUGGGGUUGGCAAAAGCACCCUGCUUUUGAGCUUCACCUCCGAUACCUUCGAGGAUCUUUCUCCCACCAUCGGUGUAGAUUUCAAAGUUAAAUAUGUUACAAUUGGAGGGAAAAAGUUAAAACUUGCUAUUUGGGACACAGCUGGGCAGGAAAGGUUUAGAACACUUACUAGUUCAUAUUACAGAGGAGCACAAGGAAUAAUUAUGGUAUAUGAUGUAACAAGGCGGGAAACCUUUACAAAUCUAUCUGAUAUAUGGGCUAAAGAAAUUGACUUAUACUCAACAAAUCAAGAUUGCAUCAAGAUGCUUGUUGGAAACAAAGUUGAUAAGGAAAGUGAAAGGGUUGUCAGCAAAAAGGAAGGAAUAGACUUUGCUAGGGAAUAUGGUUGUCUGUAUACUGAAUGCAGUGCAAAAACCAGAGUCAAUGUUACACAGUGUUUUGAUGAGCUUGUGAUGAAGAUUUUGGAGACACCAAGCCUCUUGGCUGAGGGCUCAUCUGGUGUGAAAAAGAACAUCUUCAAGCAGAAACCCCCACUGUCUGAUGCAUCAAGUAGUGGCUGCUGCUCAUGGUAAUUUACAUGUUUAAGGGGAUUUCAUCUUCCACUCCUUGGUAUGGUCCGGAUUUCAAGUGCAAUUAAAUUUCAUUACAUGUAUCAGAAAUAUUUUUAUUACAACCUAUAUAUCUAGAUUAAAUUAUUGCUCUCAAGAAUUUUCUUAACGUUUAGAGAUCUCCAUUUUAUUUGUGGUGUGAGCAAGUAAUCAGCUCGGGAUACGUAGUUCAUACUGCCCUUGCAUAUGAAAAGCGUGUGUCUAUAUUUAUGCUUUGAUAUUUUAACAA